AUGGCCACAAGCUUAGCAUAUUCUCGAUUUAAUGACAUCACAACCGAGAAAUUAUAUCCAUACCUUGGUGCUGACAGCAUCUGCUUCUACAAUGUAUCACAGACUAGAUUCAAUUUCUCACAGCCAAUCAUGAUCCCGUCUGGUGAUGAGGAAGCUUUAAAGAUUGCUGUAGCUCUUUAUGGACCGAUCACAACAGCUAUUGAUGCUAAUCAGGAGUCAUUGUUUGGAUAUUCCACUGGAGUUUAUUAUGAGCCACAGUGCACACAGUGGUUGAAUCAUGCAGUUUUAGUCGUAGGAUAUGGAACAGAUAAAGUUGGUGGUGAUUACUGGAUCAUAAAAAAUUCUUGGAGUUCACUUUGGGGUGAAAAUGGCUACUUUAGACUGGCUAGGAACCGAAACAAUCACUGUGGAAUAUCCAAAUAUGCUGUUUAUGUUAAGCUCAAUAAAAUUAACCAUAAAUAA